AUGGCAUUCCCCAAUCUUUACGCGCACCGCAAGGUGGCAGAGACGAAGGCGAAGUCGUGCGACAUUUGCUACAAGCUCAGCUCCAGCGUCCUGAUCACCCCGGACAACAAGGAUUGGUUCUAUGUCUGUCCCGCCCACCUUAAGGACCCGCUCUUCUGCACGCCCAAGAUCGACGAGGCCGCCAUCGAGGCUCGCAAGAAGCGCGAGCUCGAGGCCGAGAUUGAGCGCGUGAAGAAGGAAUACGAAGAAAAGCAGAGGAAGAAGAAGGAGAAACAAGAGGAAGGCGAAAAGAAAGACGAUGCGGCAGAGGACAAGAAAGACAAGGAUAGCAAGCCCGGAGAGGACAGUCGGAAGAGUCCGGACAAGAAAGAAGCGACCAAAGAUGAUGCCGCUCCCUCGCCAACGGAGGAGGAGGAACCUCGUGUCUUUGAACUAAAGAGUACAUUCUACCAGCAACGGAUAAACAGGAAGAGACAAGCAGAAAUUGCCAGGCGCAACCGCGAGCGGAUGCAGGAUCCGACCUUCUUCCCUUCAGUUCCCAAGAACCUUCCGUCAUAA